GGCCCCGAAGAGCAGGUGGGCAGGCGGCAGGCAGAGUCGCCCAGUUCCCUUGGGGGGUGCUCGGCCCGCACAGAGUAAAAUGGAGUCUCCUGAGACCUUCAUGAGAAAACUACCCAUCACGCCAGGAUACAGUGGCUUCAUACCAUGGCUCAGUUGCCAGGGAACCUCCAGCGAGGACAACAUGAAUCACUGUGUGAAAGCCUUCCAGGAGAGAACGCAGACAUACAAGGAGCAGAUGCAGGAAUUGAACUGCUCUGUGGCUAGCACCCCGGCCCUGAAGCCCAUCUGCUCCGAAGACACAGUCCUGUGGACGCUGCAUGAGUAUGCCAAGAAGUACCACCCCCUGACUCUGGAAUGUAAGAAUGUGAAGAAACCUCUGCAGGAGCCCCCCAUCCCUGGCUGGGCAGGCUACCUGCCCAGAGCCAGGGUCACUGAAUUUGGCUGUGCCACGAGGUAUACCAUCAUGGCCAAAAAGUGCUACGAGGACUUCCUGGAUCUGAUGGAGCAGGCCAAGCGGGCACAGCGGAAGCCGUAUGAGCAGUGA